AUAAGAGCGGACAGAAGAACUGACCAGAGAUGUCUUGUGUGAACCCUCCUCCUCUCCCCCUCCUCCAAGGGAGGUACCAGGGACAACACUGGAUAGCAGGAGGCAGCUUGUACUGUGCAGCCUGGAAGGACUGGACAUCGCCUGCACUCACACAGCACAGUUCUUCCCCAGGAGCCGUGCUCUGUGCACAGCACACAAGGAGCCAGAUGUCAUCAUACAAGCCACAACAGAUGUAGCAUUCACAAGGGACCUUCCAAGACUGGUUACAACUGUUGCACAAAGACCAAGGUGCAGAAAAGUUAUUUUUUCUUCCAUAAAGUUUGCAAAAGUUUUUGAAAAGUUUCUCAGAAGAACCAGCUGCUCAGGAGAUAUUGGUCAAUCAGCUACCCACAGAGGAUGCCUAGGAGCCUGUAAACUAAGCAUGGAUCCCCUGGAUGACCAGUGCAGCCCACUGCGGCCAGUUCGCAGGACCCAGUGGCUGGUAAGUGCUCUUGCCUAUCACUACGGGCUGGACCACGGGCUGGAUAAUGAGAUCAUUGUUCUGGCCACCGGUUUGGAUCAGUACCUGCAGGAGGUCUUCCAUCACCUGGACUGGCACACAGGGCACCAUCCCCAGGAGGAGUUCCGAACUCUGUGCAGGGUACUGGGGCUGGAGCCUGGCAUAGAAGAAUGUGAGGAGCUGCUGGAGGAUCUCCCGGAGCGGCUCAGCUUUAGACAGUUUCAUGCCAGGCUGUGCGGGUAUUUCAGCUCCAGAGCAGGUGCUACCAGGCUGCCCGUGGGGCAUGAGAACGAACAGAUCCAGGAUGAGAUCCGGCUGAGAAGCCCACAAGUGUCAAAAAGGGAAGCUCCAAGAAAUCGUGCACAGUCUGUGGUUGAAGAUGCUCGGAGACUGGAGGGUGAGAACCAGAAUCUGCGACAACUGUUGGAGGACAUGAAGGGGGCGCUGCAGAGCAGUGAUGCCCGCUGCCUGGCAUUGCAAGUUGGCCUGUAUAGAAGUCGUGCAUCACAACCAAUGGAGAUGACUGCCACUAAUGCCAACAGAAGGGUUUUAUCUCAGAGUUACACUGUGACAACCAAAUGUGUCCAGAGAGAAAUCAACGUGAUUCAGAACUCCAGCAAUGGACAAAUAGAGGAAGUGACCAGACUAAAUAAAGACCUGCAAGAGAAACUGAACAAAACUGAGAAAGUUCUAGUGUACUUGGAGGAAUCUAACCAGCAAUUGUUGAAGGAACAGGUAGUGAUGACACGAAGGGUGGAAGAAGCACGUCAAGCAGUCCUGGCAUGUUAUAGCAAAGUGAAGGACUUGGAAGAAAAAUCACGUAAAGUUCCUAUGCUCCAGAGGCAUAUAGAACAGCUGGAAAAUCAACUACAGUAUUAUAAGUACAGGUCAGAAGCAACCAUGAUUAAUACAACAAAAUCGGAGGAAAAACUCCCGACCCUGAAGCCUCAUCAUUUACUUGUCAAGACAAAACACAGAUCGCCCACUGAAGAUAUACAUGCUGAUCACAGUGCAGAAGAUCAGAUAUUUCGCUCUGUGGAAGGACAAGCAGCAUCUGAUGAAGAGGAGGACAAGUGGGCCGGGAACCCAACAGAUGCAAUGCAAGGGCUUUUAUCCAGCAUCUCAUGCUGCACAAGCGGGUGCGAGGACAGAAGGAUAUGGAAGCUCCUGACUGAUAUUGUUGGAACUGAUAUUAUUGAUCCCAGGGAUUUACCUGCAUUAUUGGUGGAAAGGAUCUCCAAAUUGACUGAAGAGCUGACGGUAAAAGAGCAGGAAAUGAGGGAUCUAGAACUGCUGAUGGAAGAGACUAAGGAUCCAUUGAUUGAUGAACUUGAAAGAAAAGAUGAAGAGAUUGAGCUAUUAAGGUUAGACCUUCAGAUGUUGGAGACAGAGAGGGUUCGCCUAUCCCUAGUAGAGGAAAAACUUCUUGAUGUUCUACAGAUUCUUCAACAGCUAGGGGAUCUGCAAAUACCGCAUCAGGAAUUGGGAAGAGUCCUAUUAAACACCCUGGAAAGAUGUAGAGAGCCGCAGAAUGGAAAGGAACAUAUCUUUGGUGUUUUGGACACUUUAUACCAUGAAUUAUCUGUCUGUGAAUUACUUCAUCACCAGCACAAUGAAGGAGAUAGCGGGCAGUCCUUGGCGGGUUCCCUAGUCGUAUCUUGUUGAACAACAGCGCCAUCUAUGGGUCAUCCAUGACAGUGCAUCUCAGAGGAGCAUGACAACUAUCUGGAUGCCCUGAGACAGACUGUGAGUGAACUGGAUUGGAUGACAAAGCAGCACUAAUCCAUCUCCCCCAAGCUGUACUCCACGAUCUGGAUCCCACAGCGCCGGAGCAUUUGCUUGACUGUUUCCGGGCAAAGCAACCCAAGAAGAGCCCAGACAAUGAGCACAUAAAACAUUUUCAUUGGUUGAUACAGACAAAAAAAAUAUUUUAUUAAUUUUUUACCUGCAGAUGGCCCAUGUGCCUGAAAGGAAUUCAUCAGUUAGCACUGCCAAUGACUGCCAUAUGGGAACAAGUUAAAAUGGGAACAAUUAAAAUGAAAAUAUGGCAAUGAAAUGCCAGAUUUCCCCAGACUAGGGGCCCCUGACUGUGAUAUUGCAGAGAGGACAGCAUAGCCAUUUAUGGUUCAACAGUGUACUCAUCCAGAACCAGUGGCGUAGCUAGAAAUGACUGGGCCCCACAGCAAAUUUUUGAAUGGGGCCCCCCCUCCUCCAGUAAUUUUUUCGCAACCCCUUCCUUUCAUGCCGCCC